CGCUUGCUUUUUUUUUUUUAAUUUAAAUUUGGAAUAUGAAAAUUGGUGUGAAUUAAGAUAAUUUGUAAAGUUUUAAAUGUUGAUAAAGCUGUUUAUUUUUUAUAUGUGUUUGUGCAAAGUCAGUGCAAAUGAUGCUUUACACUUGAUCUCUGAACUUCAGGGAAGGGACAAAGUAAACUAAUCCAUACAAAUAUGUGGUAUGUGUAUUUCUUCGCUUCUGCAAUGCCUAUGAACUCCAAGUUUCAAUAUUAUUGAGUCCGCUGCGAAGAAAAAUGGUCUGCAAAUUCUUGUCGUUGAGCCUGCAUCCCACAUUGCCAUUGGAAAGUAAGUUUUCUGCUGUACAUUUAUAUUCGAUAGCCCAUUCGAAUACAAAAACAUUCUAUAGAAAGAAGCUCCCCAAAAACCUUCAAGCUCCUCGACGAACCAAGCUUCCUCCUGAUUUUGGGGUUAAUUUGUUCCUUAAAAAGCCAACCACCGGCAUAGACCCGUCCCAAAUGGAUUCCUUUCUAGAAAAUGAUGGUGAUGGUAAUUUGAUCGAAGAAGAACAAAAAGAAGCACAAGAUGGUGAUUUGGUUUGGGAUUCAGGUGAAAUUGAAGCCAUAACAUCUCUUUUUCAAGGGAGGAUCCCUCAAAAGCCAGGAAAUUUGAAGCGAGAACGACCCCUCCCACUUCCACUUCCUUACAAGCUAAGACCUUUGGGACUUCCUUCCCCCAAGAAACACACUAAGACUCGUUCACGGUCAUCUGUAUGCAAUCAAGUGCAUAAGAAUCCAAGCUUUCUUGUCAAUUUGGCCAAGCAGAUUAAAUCUCUUAAGCCAGAUGAUGAUGUUUCUGUGGUUCUUGAUGGCUGUGCUUGUUUCUUGCGGAAAGGGUCCUUGUCCUUGACGAUUAGAGAGUUGGGUCACAUGGGUCUUCCUGAGAGAGCUCUGCAGACUUACUGCUGGGCUCAGAAACAACCCUCUCUUUGUCUUGAUGAUAGAAUUUUAGCUUCAACUAUUGAGGUUUUGGCUAGGAAUCGAGAAUUGAAAAUGCCAAUUGAUUUGCACAAGUUCACUAGUUUGGCCACUAGGGAUGUUAUUGAAGCAAUGAUUAGGGGUUUCAUCAAAGGUGGACGCUUAAAUAUUGUUUGGAAUCUCCUCUCUGUUGCCAAGCAUGAAAAAAGAAUGAUAGACUCCAGUAUAUAUGCAAAAUUAAUACUUGAGCUUGGUAAGAAUCCAGAUAAAUACAUGCUAGUUGAACAGUUAUUGGAUGAGCUUGGAGACAGAGAAGAUUUGAAUUUAAGCCAUCAGGAUUGCACUGCUAUAAUGAAAGUCUGCAUUAGGCUUCAAAAAUUUGAAUUUGUGGAGUGUCUUUUUGUUUGGUUUAAACAAUCAGGACAUGAGCCAACUGUAGUUAUGUACACUACUUUGAUUCACAGUCGUUAUUCUGAGAAGAAAUACAGAGAGGCAUUGGCUGUGGUCUGGGAAAUGGAGGGUUCGAAUUGUCUAUUUGAUCUACCAGCUUAUCGGGUUGUGAUAAAGCUUUUUGUUGCCUUAAAUGAUCUCUCGAGGGCUGUAAGGUAUUUCUCGAAGCUUAAAGAAGCAGGUUUUUCUCCAACCUAUGACAUUUAUAGGGACUUGAUUAAACUUUACAUGGUUGAUGGGAGGUUGGCUAAGUGUAAGCAGAUAUGGAAGGAAGCAGAGAUGGCAGGAUUCAAGCUGGAUGAACAAAUGAGUUCAAACUUGUUGCAGCUUGAGAGGCAUAUUAGAUCUGGAUCCUGAUGAAGACGCAUUGAAUUGGAGCACUUGGAUGAGGAUUGCUGUUGGUGCUGCUCGGGGCCUUGAAUACCUACACUGCAAAGCAGAUCCACCUGUUAUAUAUCGUGACCUAAAAUCUGCAAAUAUUAUGGUAGAUAAUGAUUUCAAUCCAAAACUAUCAGAUUGGGACCGGUUGGUGAAAAGUGAAAACACACAUAUUUCAACCAGUGUUAUGGGAACAUAUGGAUAUUGUGCCCCAGAAUAUGCCAUGAACGGAAAAUUGACUCUUCAAUCUGAUAUUUACAGCUUUGAAGUUGUGAUGUUGGAGAUAAUCACCGGCAAAAAGGCAAUAAAUCCGAGAAGACCCUAGUCGCUUGGGUGAGUCGAGCCUUUUUCUUUUCUUAGCCUGGUUCUUUAACAUGUUUACUCACCAUGCUCCAACUAUUUAAUGCUAAUCUUGAUACCCCAAUAAACUGUUUGAUGAUUUUAUCAAGGUGUUAAAUAGUUAAAUUGUUUGAUGGUGCAAUUGUGACUAAAUGAUCAACUCAUGAGAGCCAGUGCACAUUUACGUAUAUGACGCAGGAGUAGGUGAUUUUUCUUUUGAAAUUGUUUGUUAUAGGCUAGCCAAUUUCUGAAAGACCAGAAGAAGUUUUUUCAAUUGGUUGAUCCUCUGUUGCAAGGAUGCUACCCACGCCAUUGUUUGAACUAUGCAAUUGCUAUUACUGCACGUGUCUUCACGAGGUAGCAAGUUUCCGCCCUCUGAUUGAUGAUAUAGUAGUUGUCCUUGAAGUAAUGUCUUGGAGUACAACACUUCAAAAGCCGUCAGGCAGAAGCUUUCGGUAAACCCUCUGAUUACUGUAAAUGAAACUGUGAAAGCAUAAAUCAUGAGCAGUUUUACUAUGGAUUAAGAAUCUAAAAUGAGAUAAUUUUUCCUCAUAAAUGAAUUCUCUUAUUUAUGUGUUUUAAUUCAAAGUUUAGAUAUUUUUUUUGGUUA